AAGAAGGGCGUUUCCCACUGCCAAUGGCCGUUCCAACCAAAAAAAGGCCAUUUACCUCAGAAGCGCAUACAAUCUUUUCGCUUGAGAAAUGUCAACUGAAAGCAAAGUCCUACUUCUUUUCGGACUGUGAAAGUUCUCGCUCAUGUCGGCCAUGUUCACUCUUCACUUCGAUCAGCUCGCGAGGGGGCGCUUCUUCUUCUUCGCAACGGCGACCGAGUGGCAGGUCAGCGUUGCCACUAUGAAACCAAUUCGUUCCUAGUCCGGAAGAAAAAUGAAGGACAACCAUGAAAUAGCUAAGGAACAACACUUACUCAAGGCCUUCCUUCCCACGAUUUAUAUUAACCUUAUUUUCAUUUCCACACAUUUAGAUGGCAUCUAGAUAAGUUGAUAGGACUUACGAUCGUUCUAAUUGCCAUUAGCCAUCACUAGAACAGAGAGUCUGUCGCAUACCAAUUCCACGGAGGAGGCAUGUCAAAUAUCGGUCAAACUUUCAAUGUCACGUCGACGGUGGCUUGUUAAUAUCGGAACUAAUUAAGCCCAAAAUUUACUGGGUAGGCAGUGCUGGGCAGCUUAUCAUCCAACAAGUUGUAAACCUCUUCCACUAAUUUAAACAAUUCAAUUAAGUUUAGGAGGCAUACUGUUUGCCCCUGAUAUGAACCCUUUGAACGUGCGUCACUGAAAUUACGAAUAUGUGAUUAGUUCACAAGCUAUUACCUUAGGCCGGUGUCAUGGAGAGCGUACGUCAGUAUCUCACUUCUAGUGGUGAUUGUUCAAUCUGGCUUCUCAAUAUCGACAGCAGCAUAAAAGUUUACUAUUUCUGCAUCAGCCCAGGAGUUUUUGGAUCAUUGGAACAGAACUUGACGUUUGAAUGAAAUGGAUUUUUCGAACAUCAACUUUCCCUUUCCGUUGUGGAUUACUCGCCCAGCAUGGGAGUGCGCACUGAAAAUCGGUUUCUUCGUUCCUGUCAUCGUCGUUAGCCUCGUAGGCAAUGGCUUGGUGAUUUAUCUUAUGGCGACCAAUCGUUUUCUGCGUACGUCCAUCAACAUUUUCAUUUGGAAUUUGGCAAUCGCCGAUCUCUUGACCAUACUUCUCUUCCCGUGGAUCAUUCUCAUCAUCGACCUCUACCAAAUGUUUAUUCUUGGAGCGGUUAUAUGCCAAAUAGAGGGAUUUCUACGAGUGCUGCUGAUGUUGGUGGACGUCUUCAGUUUGCUAGCUGUGAGUUGUGACCGGUUCUUUGCGAUAGUAUUUCCGUUUCGUCCGCGAAUGGGUCACUUGGCAGCAUACAUCAUUUGUGGUGUCAUCUGGAUCCUUUCGGCAGCAAUUGCCUGUCCCCUCAUCACCGCCCGGGUCUACAAAGAACGUCAAUGGAAGGACAUUUUGGAAUCGUGGUGCAUCGACAAUGUUUCAUUUUCUUUUUUCUACUACAUCUCCCUGGACGCCAUUCUUGUUUGGUUCCCGUUGAUCGUCAUGACUGUCCUCUUCAUUUGCAUCUUUAUCAUAAUGAAACAGCGGACGUCUACCUGUUCGGCCAUCCAACUGAAGCAAUUGGCUCAGAGACAUAGAAUUAUUCGGAUGCUGUUCUUCAUUCUAAUCGGCUUCUUUAUUUGCUACCUACCUUUCACCAUUUCCAUCAUCGUUCGAAACAAAGUAGUCCUCGGAAACACAAUCAAUAGCAUCCCUGAUUGGCUGCGCUCUCUGCUGUACACGUCUCGUUACGUCAUGUGCGUCAACACAGCCCUCAACCCCAUCAUCUACGGAUUCUGCAAUGACAAUUUCAGAAAAGCGGCGGCCAAACAAUUUCCGUCCCUGACGUGGGGCGUCACUCCGGUGGCUUCGACAAUUUCAGCUGCAUCGAACAACGGACGAAUCAAUACCGACUGAAACAAAUUUCAAAACAAAUGUUAUAUGACUUGAUCCGACCACAAACUAUUUCAUUGCAAUGAAGAUAUAUUCUAUAACAGAAUCUUUGCAGUGAAACAAAUAUCAUAUUAUAUAUAUUAUUAUUGUGGAAACAAUGAUUGAAAUACACAAUUCUUGAUUAAGUGCA